CGCCCUGAGAGAGGACGGAGCUGAUGGCGGCUGCGCGCUGCAGGUGGUGGCCUCGCUGAGCGUUGGGUUGGUUAAUGCUAUCAGGGACUGCCAGCGGCGGCCUUCCGGGGUUUGUUUGUUUUUUUAAAGCAAGCCGGACUAACUGAAAAACAAAACUUUGGGAGGAAUCUAAGAAGCCUUCAGCCAAAGUGCAGAGCAUUAAAAGAAAAUCAGAUUUUGAUUUAUAUGUCUAAGUGAAGAAGAUAACAAUGUCAGGUAUCAAGAGGACUGUAGAGGAGAUGGACCCAGACUAUGAAGAGAUCUCAAUUGCACCUACAAACAAACAUCAUAAAGCAUCAGAACAAUCUGCUCGAGAUGCUGCAAUACAGAAGAUUGAAGCAAUUAUUAAAGAACAGUUUUCUAUAGAAAUGAAAAAUAAAGAACAUGAGAUUCAAGUGAUUGAUCAGCGGCUGAUCGAAGCAAGAAGAAUGAUGGAUAAACUGCGAGCCUGCAUUGUGGCGAACUACUAUGCUUCUGCUGGACUCUUUAAAGUUGGGGAGAUAAGUAGUGCACAUGGAAUAAAGACUUGUGAUUCUAUGGUUUUUAACCAUCCAACCAUCAAGAAAUUUUUAGAAUCUCCAUCCCGAUCAUCCUCUCCUGCUAAUCAGGGCUCAGAAACCCUGUCAGUCAAUCAUUCAGAGAGUGAAUCUUCUCAGCACAUGGAAUAUAUGUUGGGAAAAGACAAUGGUAGUCUGGAUGUGGAAGAAAGAGUGCCAAGCAAAUUUGACUUGACUCUGCGCAAGAAUGCUGGACAGGGCAUUUCUGGUGUUUCAAGAGAAUAUGAAGCAGAGCUGAGAAAGGCUGAUUUUUCAAAUGAAGAGCAUUCACGAUUAUAUGUGAAGAAAACAAUAGUUGUCGGUAAUGUUUCCAAAUACAUUCCUCCUGAUAAGAGAGAAGAAAACGACCAAUCCACUCAUAAAUGGAUGGUGUACGUAAGAGGUUCCCGACGAGAGCCAAGCAUUGAUCAUUUUGUUAAGAAAGUCUGGUUUUUCCUUCAUCCCAGCUAUAAACCUAAUGAUCUUGUUGAAGUCAGAGAACCUCCUUUCCAUCUGACAAGGCGGGGCUGGGGAGAGUUUCCAGUGCGGGUUCAGAUUCACUUUAAGGAUAACCGAAACAAAAGGAUUGACAUUAUACACCAUCUCAAGUUGGAUAGAACAUACACUGGUCUACAGACACUAGGGGCUGAAACGGUUGUGGAUGUUGAGUUGCAUCGGCAUUCUCUUAAAGAAGAAUACCAGUCGUCAGAUUCUGAUCUUUCUGACGCUCCUAACUCAUUGCAUUUGCCAUUAAAUAUGCCAGCACCUAUGAAAGCAUCUUCACCAAUAAAACAAGUAAAUGAAUCCAUCACAGAAGUUUCUCUUGAAAAAGGACUCAGUGCUGAAGCUGAAAGGCAUACAACCUUUUAUGCUCUGCCAUCAUCUUUAGAACGGACUCCCACUAAGCUCCCAAGUCAGAAAGUCGCUUUUGGCUCCCACAGCAACUCAGCUUUUCAGCCAAUUGCAGCCAGUUGCAAAAUAGUGCCUCAGGGUCAAAUCCCAAGCCCUGCUGAGUCUCCAGGCAAGUCUUUCCAGCCCAUCACCAUGAGCUGCAAGAUUGUGUCAGGUUCUCCGAUAUCAACCCCAAGUCCUUCUCCACUACCUCGUACCCCAACAUCCACUCCAGUGCAUAUGAAACAAGGAGCUGGGACCUCUGUAGUUAGCAACCCUUAUGUUAUUGUGGACAAGCCUGGCCAGUCAGUUGGAGUAUCAGUCACAAAUGCAGGUAGUCCUGCAAGUAAAGUUACAAGUGCUUCUCAGUCCUCUCAUGGGACAGGUUCUCCGGUCUCAAAAAUUCAUGGAACCAGUUUUGUAACUUCUACAGUAAAGCAAGAGGACUCUCUGUUCGCAGCCAUGCCACCUCUUUGUCCAAUUGGGAGUCACUCCAAGGUACAAAGCCCUAAAUCUGUGACAGGAGCACCCGGAACAUUUACAAAGGUGAUAAUAAAGCAAGAGCCUGGAGAACUGCCGCAACAUUCUCCAGUGGGAGCAACCGGAGCAGCCUCUCAGGCCUCACUGCCACAGUACAUGACUGUGAAAGGGAGCCAUGUGAUUGCUUUAUCACCCCAGAAACAGAUUGUGAGCACAGGAGAGGGGUCUACUUCAUCAAAGAUUGUUAGCGUUCCAGUUGGGUCUGCUUUACCAUCGUCGGUCAAACAAGCUGUGGCCCUUGGUGGAGGACAAAUACUUGUGGCAAAAUCAGGCCCUUCAGUCACAAAGACAGCUGGUGGAAAACAAAUUGUAACUCAAGGAGUCGCCAAAGCUAUUGUGAGUAGUGGAGGAGGAACCAUCGUUGCUCAGCCUGUGCAGACUUUAACAAAAGCUCAGGUUCCAUCAACAGGAACUCCAAAAACUGGAUCCCAAGGUUCAGUUAUGGCAACAUUGCAAUUACCAGCCACUAAUUUAGCCAAUUUGGCGAACCUACCUCCUGGCACAAAAUUGUACCUUACUACAAAUAGCAAGAACCCAUCUGGGAAAGGAAAAUUGCUACUUAUACCUCAAGGAGCUAUUUUGCGAGCCACAAAUAAUGCCAAUCAGCAGUUAGGUUCUUCAGGAAGUAGCGGAACGCAGGGUGCAAGCAGUGGUGUGUCUCAGCAUCUCACCUACACAUCCUAUAUCCUCAAACAAACCCCACAGGGCACUUUUUUAGUUGGCCAGCCACCUCACCAGACUACAGCAAAACAGGUGACAUCAGGGACUGUUAUCCAAGGUAAUACAAGUGCUGGAACAUCAUCUUCCCAAGGACAGCAAGCUCUGAAAGUUAUAACUGGACACAAAACUGCCACCUUAUUUGCACAGGCAGCUUCCAGCGGGCAAGCUUCACUCAUGAAAAUAUCAGACAAUACACUGAAAUCAUUACCGGCAUCAUCACAGCUCUCAAAACCCGGCACCACUGUGCUAAGAGUAUCAGGCGGGAUGAUCACUGCAGCAACAACUUCAGCUGUGACACUUGCAUCAAAUGGUGUUCCCCAGCAAGCAGACAGUGCAAGCUCUAGCUCCCUUUCAUCUGCAGGCCCCAUUGUGAAGGCAUCUGGGCAGCAACAGCAGGUUGUUGCCAAUCCUGGGCAAGCAGCAUCAGUUGCACCUAAUAAAACAAGUUCCUCCACAGUUGUAAGCAUUGCUUCUUGGGUCACCACCCCAGCACCAGCAUCCACGAAAACUGCAGUAUCAGGGUUGCUAAAGAUCCACUCCAACCAGAACAGCCCACAACAGGCUGUUUUGACAGUACCCAGCCAACUCAAACAACUUGGUGUCAGCAAUGCUUCUGGAGGAGUCCAAACUAUACUGAUGCCUGUGAACAAAGUGAUACAGUCGGUUUCUUCCAGCAAAUCAACUGCUGUUACACCCAUGACUACAACUAAUGUAGUUGCCCCAAGCACUCCUGAAGUGACUGUUACAAAAGUGAAGCUGGAGCCUGAUGCAACAGGGCAGAGCUGCAGUAUUCCAGUCUCUCAGGAUGCCCAGGCGACAAUAAAAACAGAGGAAAGUUCAGAACUUGGAAAUUAUUCCAUUGGGGAAGAAUACUUAGAAAAUCUCCCGCAACUUUUGACAGCAAUUGUGAAGAACAUUCCAUUAAUUGCUGAGACAACUGAGGAUGCCAAUCCUUUCUGUGCCAGUUCUGUGGAACAAUAUUAUACCUGGAAUAUUGGAAAACGAAGAGCUGCUGAGUGGCAAAGAGCCUUGACAAUACGUAAAAUCCUUCAAGAAAUCAUAGAAAAGUAUCCUAAAUUUCACAGCAUUGUGCCUCUGAAAACAAAGGAGGUUGUACAUUGGUGUCGCUUCCAUGGCUAUACACCACCUGAUCCAGAAGCUUUUAGGAAUGAAGAUUCCAUAGAGGAUGUGCUGACACAAAUAGACAAUGAGCCAGAAUGCUCAUCUUCUUAUACCACUGGGGAAGAGCUAUGUCGAAAGCUUAUAGAACUAGAGCAGCUCCUUAAACAAGAAUCUGACAAUGAUGAGGAAGUAGACAUUCUUAACAUUACUGAACCUCUGAAAAUAAACAUUAAAAAGGAACAGGAAGAGACACAAGAAGAGGCCAAAUUCUACUUAGCCCCACAGUCUGCAUCUGAGUAUGUGCGUGAGACUGCUCAACAGGUAGGAAUUUCCUUUCCACCUGUGGAACUUCACAAAAAUAUAUAUGCUUUUAUAAUAGAAGAUAUGAUUUUAAAGGCUACAGAACAGUUGGUCAGUGACAUUCUAAGAGAAGCACUGGCGAUUGGCUACCAAGCAGCUCCUCGAAACAGGAUUCCAAGAGAGAUCACAAUGAUGAACAUUCACCAAGCUAUCUGUAACAUUCCCUUUCUGGACUUCCUUACAAAUAAGCAUAUGGGAAUACUGAAUGAUGAACAGUGAUGUGAACUGAAAAAGCUACAUAAAGCUUGAAUAAAGAUAAUGGCCCAAAUUCCUUGUGUCCAGAUGCCUGUUUACAUUGUAGAGACUAAAUUAACUUGAGUGCUACAAAUCAAUGUUUCAACCAAGUUUUUUUAUUUUUAAAAAUAAAGCAUUUUUAAAUAUUUUUUUAAGAAAACGCUUUUUUAAAAAAACAGUUUUAAGUUCACCUGUCAGAUAUUAGUGGCAGCUGGCUCUAAGUAUGCUGUGAAAGUUAAAAGAUAGCAUACCAUGAUUUAAGUUGCAGGUUUAGCAUGGCAGUUACUUAUCACAGAAAGUUUUCGGUAAUAAUUUUGCAGUUUAAUAUAACCUGUGGAUAUGGAUUGGCAGCCUCUGGGAUUGAGUUUAAAUGGAUAAAUAUGAUGAUAGACUAGUUCAGAUAUAAUACUAAGCUAUAGUAUUCUGAUGAAGGAACAAGUCUUGCUUUUCCCUAGGUUCAUAUAUUUCUUCUUUAAAUGGACAUGGUCACAAGGAGACGUUAGAGCCUUUUAUUGCAGUUUGCUAUAUCAUCUUAACUGGAAUUAAUCAUGUUAAAGUAGCAAAACUUUAGGGAAUAGGGUGAGAUAAUUCUCAAAGUUGAUUAAAUUGAAAUUGACUUCAAAUUGUUAUAUCCUCAUUGAGAAGCUUUUGGGAUUUAAUAGGCUUCCUUUUCAGUUGUAUUGUCUGGAAGCUUUCUUUGCUGAAAAUAAAUCUAAACAAAAAAAAAACCCUAUAUAAUAGUGAUAAUAUAAUAAUAAUAACCUGAUGUUCUGAGUUAGCAAAGCAGGUAUUCAUAAAAUCUUACCCUUUAAAAUGUGUGGUAUUUCAGAUUUGAUUUGUAGUUUGGGCAUAUCUUCAUUGGAAAGUGAGAGAUUUGCUAUUAUAUUAGACUGAUAUGUAUUAUACUAUUUUAACUUCAUUGAAUGAAACAGUCUAAUUCUACACCCUACAUUCUUUUUCCUAGAAUAGCUCCUUCAAAUAUUUGAGGACUAUUUUUGUCCAUGUUGAUUACCAACUUAAACCCUUAUCAUCAUAUGUACUAUAAUGUAUAAUUGUGUGAUAUACCUUUACAAUAAAUUUUCUUUAUUAAGUACAGUAA